AUGGCCCCCUCAGCUAUCACAGAGACCCUCUCAAGCUCAAGCACCUUGACUCCCAAGGGUGGAGAUAGGCCGACAGAGGCAAUCAAACAUGACGCCAUCGAAGGCAAGGAGAAGACUCCUCUAGAGGCCAUCUCGCACGGCAUGGUGAUGCCAGGCAUUCCCACAUUCCCAACCUACACAGCGCACAGGAGGCACAUCCUUGUGCACAUGUCCGCCACAUUCCGCUUCUUCGCGCGAUCCGGCUUCACCGAAGGGCAGGCAGGGCACAUCUCAGUGCGAGACCCAGAGUUCAACGGCCUCAUGUGGAUGAAUCCCCUAGGUCGACACUUCGGCAUGCUGACGGCAGGCGACAUGAUAUGUCUAGACAUCGCGACCGGCAAGGUCGUCGGCGGCAACACGUCCCGGCCCGCCAACGCCGCAGGUUACCUGAUCCACUCCGCCGUCCACAAGCGGCGUCCGAACGACGUCCACGCCAUCUGCCACGCACACUCCAACGCAGGCCGGGCCUGGAGCGUAUUCGCUCGUCCCCUGGAAAUGCUGAACCAAGACGUGUGUAACUUCUACGACGCCCACGCCGUGUACGCCCGCUACGGGGGCAUCGUGUUCGCGGCCGAGGAAGGCUCGCACAUCGCCGCCGCGCUAGGCCACCGCAACAAAGGCGUCAUCCUCAUGAACCACGGCCUGCUGACCGUCGGCUCCACCGUCGACGAGGCCGGCUUCCUGUUCGGCCUGCUGGACCGCGCCUGCGCCAUCCAGCUACAGGUCGAAGCAGCCGCCGCCGCCGGCAUCCCCAAGCACGUCAUCAGCGACGACGAGGCCGCCUACAACUUCAAGAUGGCGAGCGAGCCCAACGCCCUGUACCGCGAGGCCCAGCCCGACGUCGAGUACGAGCUCGAGGCGGCGGGCGGCGAGGACGCCCUGGCCAGGGGCUUCGAGAACCUGCGGGUGGCGCCGUAAAGGUUUUCGGUCUGGAGCGCUGCGAGAUCGUACGUUGAAAAAAAAUUUAAAAUAAAAUAAAAUAAGUUGUGACCCGCCGUCGGCGAUAACCUAGUGUACCUAGUGUAGAUGACACCUAUUGUAUCUGCCGAUAUCUACAUUGCAGCUGCGAACGGUGAUAGGCGCGGACAUGAGUUUGUGCUCGCUAACCCAACCAUGAAAAGGUAGGGGUGUAGGUAAGGGGGGAUAAUAAAUUGAACAAGCUCGGCUAAGGGCAAGUAUCCAUUCGACCCUUGACGCGUUACGGCGCUUCGUGGGGGACAUGUAACUCUUACGGGACUGGGUGAACGUAUGUAGGAUCGUACAUAACACGUACAUACAUACAUACAUAAUAUACCCUGCAUACAUACCUACCUACCUACCUACAUGAACAUACUCAUGUGAGAAAGAAGAAGUAUAAAAAACCUUGGAACCGAACCCCAUGAUAUGAUCCAGACGGGGGGUGG